AAUAAUGAGGGGGAGGAGUAACUUAUAAAAGAAAUUGCAGAAACAAAAAGAUCUUGGACUCCAGUGCUAACCUUGCUCCACCUUUGUCACUUCACCACCACUAUGAAUUUGUUAAUGUUAUGCUUUGUUGUAUCAGUCAGUGUUCAUAACAAAGGAGAAUGCGCAUGCUUCUUUAAAAAUCAAGAUUUUGCGGUUGAGGCAGUGUUUAAAGACCCAGAAAAUCCAUGUCUCACAUAUAUAUGUACCAAAGAAGGUUUUACAACAAAAGUUGAAGACUGCCCUGGACAGUCGUGGUGCAGCAAGGAAUUAAGAACCUAUGAUGACAACGGAUGCUGUUAUAAUUGUAUGUUUGAUUGUCAAGUAGCUCCAAUUCAGAUGGCAAUUUCCAAGAAUGGUUGUACAGGAACUAUCAAGACGCAAAUGUGUAAGGGUCACUGCAAACAAAUAGUCUCGUACGAUGAUAAAACCCGCAAAAUAAAAAAUGACUGUUCCUGCUGCCAGGGGACAAAAUAUAUUGCCAAAAAAGACCGCCUUUUCUGCUCUGGUGGGAAAUUAAAACCUUACCGCUACAAACAGGUUGUUUCCUGUAGCUGUACGCCUUGUAAAGAUGCCUAAUACAACUAUAUUUCAAAUAGCU